CGCCUUCCCACACUCCACAGCAGCCCUCAGUGUCCACCUCCGAGCAGUGGACCCGCGCCGCCCGCGCCUGCGCAGGCUGGAGACCAGCAUCUUCGGAGGCUGCGAGGAGCUAAAAAUCUCUCCCGCCCACCCACAAGCUGCGCUGGACUUGAGGAUGGGGGAGGUGUGGCGGAGGGGAGUGCAAUGGAGAGAGAGGCUGUCUCGGUGCCUGUCCAAUUAGGUCAAUAGGAAGCAUCCUGGUGGCUGGGCAGGUGCCUGGGAGUCUCAGGAGGGUCCCCCCGCAUCUCUAAAAGGGGGCUCCUGGGGUGGGAAGGGGCGAGGCUGCCGCACAAACAUGUUUACGGCUGCGGUAGUGCUGGCGGCCCCCGAGGGGCCGGAGCCCUGGGGCAGUAACUUUGCUCUAGCCCCCGGCACCCUGAGCCUGGCGGAGCUCCAGGGGGAUGACUCCGGCCCCGGCCCUCGUCCCCUCCGGGGGGCCAGGCGCCCCUCGGGCCGUCCUCAGUGCGGAGCUGCACCCCCUCCUCCCGCUGCCCGGAUCCCCGGGCGGCGCCGGAGGGGCGGGGCUCCCAGCGCGGCAGGACGCUCGGCCACCGCGUUCCGAGAGGGGAGCAGCCGGAGGCCAGAGAUGGACACAGCAGAGGCCCUGGAAUCUGGAAUCCUCUCGGAGGGCUGCAGGAAGCCUAGCCCUAGGUGCAAAUCCUUUCUGGGACACCUCCAGGUUGCUCUCCGCAGUCACUUCCGCUUCCUGCUUCUGGGGGCACACCAGACACAGCUGCUCUGCCCCGAGCUCUGCCAUGCCUGGGUUGCCAUCUGCAAAGGUGAUAUCACCUGCGGCCCGACCUGGCUCCCACCCCUGGCCAAGAGGCACUGCAACCCCAGCUGCAGCACCUCCGGGCAGACCUUCACUGACGGGAGGGACCUCUGCCGCUCGGUCCUGGGCUACACGCUGCCGGAGGUCGUUCCUGGCAGUGGUGACUGCCUCAACAUGUCCAUCUCGGUGCUUCCGACUCGCAGACAGGGGCGGAGGGCCCGGGACACCUCCGGCCCUCGCUUCCGCCGCCCUCGCGCCUGGAUCCAGGACAUCGCGGGCAGCGGCAGUGGCAGUGGCAGUGGCAGCGGCCUCUAGGGGGCGCCUGGCCUUCGAUGGAAGAAGCGUCCCUUCACUCCCCACCCCCUACCCCGCCCCAUCAAUCCCUCAGAGUUCCACCCCUCUCCCUCUCGGCCUUCUAGUUUCUGGAGCCACAAGGUCCCUCCUCGCUAGAACCCCAGAGAUUCGCUCCUCUGCAGAUUACUAGAGAAACUCAACUCUAGCUCAUUCCCCCUCUCCCCCGAAUAAGGUCCAUCAGAGCACUGGAUGCCGCAGCCC